UACCUUCCGGGGACGAAAUUUUUCCGGAGGCUCGGAGGAAGGACCGGUUUCCAAAUAUUUGGGAAAAUUUUGAUAUUAUUGAAACAACGAAAUGCCAAUUCAUAAAGUUAUCAAGAGGCUGCCACCAACAAGAACAAAGGCAGACAUUCCAGUCGUAUUCCAUGAGCCUCAUGUGGAGACCGGCUUCCGACCGAUACACCAGCCAUGGCAUUAUUACUUGCUUAGCCUGUUUCAGCGACACAACGAGUGCAUGAAUGCAUGGACACACUUAAUUGGAUGUGUAGUAGCCAUGGGGAGGAUCUACAAAAUUUCUUACGAGUUCAAUGCUUACAAUGACCCGUGGAUGUAUCCAAUGUUGGCUGGUUCCAUCACUAUGAUUUUGAUGUAUUUUUGCAGUUUUGCAGCACAUACCUUUCACAAUAAGUCGGAAAUAUUACACUACUCAUGCUUUUUCGUUGAUUAUGCUGGCAUCGGUAUUUAUGGACUAGGAAGUACAAUCAUACAUUACUUCUACUGUACACAUCCUGCGCUAGUCAACACACUACUUUACAAAAGUGCUGUGCCAGUGGCAGUGUUACUGUCCAUCAUGGUGUGUUUGUUUUGCAGUUAUUCAAAAACGAAAUAUUCUCGCCCAUACCCAUUUACCCGAAAGAUCUGGCAGCUGUCUUCCGUCCUGUCCAUAUAUUGCUGGCUGAUUAUACCUAUUGUACAUAGAAUGUAUUUGUACUAUGUUCGGCAAGAACGUCCCACUGAUGGUGCAGUACGCUGGGAUCAGAGUCUCGAGGACCAUACAAUACAAAUGAUCUGGUUUUUUACGUCGGGUUUCUUUUUUGGAUCUGAUAUACCUCAACGGUUCUUUCCAGGGAAGUUUGAUUUCCUCUUCCAUAGUCAUCAGAUAUUUCAUGUUUGUAUAAUGUUCAUGAACUUAAAGCAGAUUGAUGGCAUGUACACAGAUAUACACGAACAUUUAGAGAGCAUCAAGAUGUUUGAGGAUACACCUACUGUUUGGAAUACAUUUGGGGCUGUGUUCUUAGCGCUCACAGUCAACGCUUUUGUUAUUUAUAUUUUCUACAAUAAAGCAAAGGAAAGAAUUCAGAGAGAAUCUGCCAAAGAAAAGAACGGAGAGCUGAAAUAACUACAUGUAACAUUAUGUUUAAUGUUUGCACUCAUUUAAAUGUUAGAUUCUUAAGUUGUUUCUUAAAACUGAUAGAAAAUAUUUUAUAUUGAAAUUAAUUAAUUGUGAAGCUGUAGGAAAAUAUCAUAAAUUUUUUAAAUUGAAAGGUUUAAAAGUACUUGCCCCACAGAUGAGGUGAGCUUAUUCAGCAUGUUUAUUUCCACCAAGUUUGACAUAGAAUGUAUGUAUAUACGACACUGAAAAGUGAUAAAGUGAGUGAAAAUUAGUGUAAGAGAUUGGUAAAAUAAGCACGAAAAAUGUUGAUUUUCUCCAUAAUUUCAAAAGCUUUACAACAGUUUAUUCCCUGCUGCACAAUAUCUUUGGUAAUUUAUUAGGAUGUCUUGCAAAGUCCAUAUAUGUCAAUAAGUUAGUACUACUGGUCACUUUCAGUUUCACAGCACUCCAAUUUUACCGAUUUUUUGAGAGAAAAGUAUUUUUGCGUAAAAAGUGUUAACAAGCUGCUUUAAAUUAUUUCAUUAAGAAAUCCACAAUCAUGUUGUAUUGCAGAAAAUGUUUUUUAACAUUUGAAUAUCACUGUGCAUCAACCUAAUGAAUUCCAUUUUUGGCAGGUUUCUAAGAAACAGAUAUAUUUGUGUACUGUAAAGUUUUGUUAAUUUACCCACCAUAGAUCUGAUGUUUCUUACAUAGAUCUCUCAAAUAUUACACAUGUUAUUGUUGUUGAUGUUUCUGACAGGUUCAUUUUAUUGAUUGACAUCUGUUUUAACUGAUAUUAUUCAGAAUAUCCUGGAAACUUUUAUAAACAGGAUAACAUAAUCAAUUAUUUGUUUAUAUAUAUAUAAAGGAGACAGUUACUAUAUGGCAACCAGUUUCUCUUGUAUUAUCUAGCUAUUAGUUUAUUUGCAGUGACUUUUUUUUUCUUCAAUUUUUCAAAACAAUACUUUCUGUUGGUGAAAAUAUAGCUCAAUACAUGUCAAAAAGGGGAAUUCCAAAUAUGAAAACUAGUCAUUAGAAUUUCAAGAUAACACACAAAGUACCAAUUUGUAAGAACUGAUAUACUGAUAUCAAUGUACUUACGAAUUUGGUACCUGAUGAGAAACAGUGUUAUGUUAUAAUCAGUUGCAAGACAUAGAUUUGAAGUAAAAUGGGGGUAAUAGGGGUUGAAAAAUAUAUAAACACAGACUUUCGUAAAAUUAUUCACUACGCAUAUUACGGAAGGUUUCAUUUAAAUUCCAAGGGGAAAAUAUGACUUUUAAAGGAAAAUACAACAAUUUUAGGAGAUAUUAUAGACUAGGGGAAACAGCCUAUAUCCGGCUGUAAAAAAAUAGCAAAAAGAAAAAAACAACACUGAAUUGAUAUUAUAUAUAUUAGAAAGAGAAUAAGCAAAGUGCAAGUUUUUAUGCACAGGAUAUGAUGUAAUUUUUCUAGUAUCAUAAAUUAAUAUAUUUGAAUUUUUCAUUUACUCAUUUCUCAUUUAUAUAGCAAUUUUUUAUCAUUAUUUUUAGAAAAACUUUAUGUACACAUUGUUUUUUAGCUCACCUGUCACGUAGUGACAAGGUGAGCUUUUAUGAUCGUCCAACCGUCGUCCGUUCAUAAUUUCUUGUGAACACGAUAGAGACCACAUUUUGCAAUCAAUUUUAAUUAAACUUGCACACAACUUGUACUGGCAUAAUAUCUCGGUUCCUUUCGAAAGCUGGCCAGAUCCUUCAUGGGUUCCAGAGUAAUGGCCCCUUAAAUGGCUAAAAUUUGCUAUUUUGGCUUUUGCAGCCAUAUAGAGACUUCAUUUAUGGUUUGAUUUGAUACAAACUUGCAAAAUAUCUUUAACAACGAUAGAUCUUGGAUUCCAUGAGGAAUCCUUAAGAUCCAGUCAUAGGUUCCGGAGUUACGGCCCCAGAUUGACCCCUGAAAAAGCCAAACUUUGUUAAUUUUUACCUCGUGAACAUGAUAGAAGUGACAUUUUACAUUCGAUUUUAACUACAUUUGCACACGACUUGAGUCAGAAUAAGAUCUCGGUUCCUUUCGAAAACCGGCUAGAUUCCAUCAUGGGUUCUACAGUUACUGCCCCUGAAAGGCGCAAAAUUUUCUGUUUUGGCCCGUUCAGCCAUAUAGAGGUUUCAUUUAUGCUUUGAUUUGAUACAAACUUGCACAGAAUGUUUAUCUUGAUGAUCACUAGAACAAGUUUGAACUGGGUCAUGUGGGGUCAAAAACUAGGUCACCAGGUCGAAUCAAAGGAAAAGCUUGUUAACACCCUCGAGGCCACAUUUAUGACCCUGUCUUCAUGAAACUUGGUCAGAAUGUUUAUCUUGAUGAUUCCAAGGCUAAGUUUAACAGGUGAGCGAUAUAGGGUCAUCAUGACCCUCUUGUUCUGUUUUCAUGUUUGCUACUAUGUAGAUAAAAAAACUUUUGUAUUCAUGUUUCAAAGUUGAAUUGAUUAGUGGUACAUUGGUGUUUUACCAGUCAGGUAUUCAUAAUAUUGAAAAUCAAAAUUUAAUCUAAGUUAUGAUAAGUCCUGUGAAAAUGUUUCAUUUACUUUUAUGAGGCCAUAUUAUUUGUUGUUAUCAUUUCCUUGUUGUUGUGUCUGUAGAUACAGAUGCUAAACAUGACCUUGAGUUGUAUGUUUGGGCACUCCAUUUAUGAAGGCAGCUUUGCAUUUUGAUCACUAAAUUAAAUGUUUUAUACCUUUAGCUUGCUGGCGGCAAAUAAUUCUGUCUUUGCGACCAGUGCAGACCAAGAUCAGCCUGCACUGUUCACUAUUCAGUCAGUAAAUUUUCAGUGAACACCCCUUUGAAUAAUACGUGGUAAUGCCCGAAUUGAAUGAUGGACCAGUCCAUUUUAGAAAUAUAGCAGGGUAAAGGUUAAGUUUUCCCUUGAAGACCAUGUGCCAGUGGAACAUACUACAUAGAUAUCAGUAGAUAAAGUAAAUAUUGAAAUAUGAAAGAAAUAGUAAACAUAUGUUGCCAAAGAAAUGAAUAAGUUAUGUGAUAAGUUGCAUGGACCAAUGUUUUUGCUGUAGAAACUUACUUUAUUGAUCUCAGUGAAUUUCCAGAUUGAUGUACCUAAACAGAUGCAUGUUUUAUGACAGUUUUUAGCUCAUUUGGAUGAAAAGUUCAGGAUGAGCUAUUAGUAUAGGUGGAUGGUCUGGUGUAGGUCAACACUUUUCUGACAUCCUGCAUGAAAUUGUCAACAUAAGCAUUUACUACUGAAACUGCUGAUCAGAAUUACAACAAACGUUAUUUGGCAUGUACCUCUGAAGUUUUUUCCAAAGGUUCCACUCGACUGUAUUUAGGGACUGCAAGAGCUAAAAAUAGAAAAAACUUUAUUCGCAUGAACUGCUUGAUAGACCUUUAUAAAACUUUUGUCUUCAGCAUUAUAUGAACCUUUUUCAAGUUUACUGAAAUGGUUCACAUGACUGUUCUAAGUGUCUACUAGAGCUAAAGGUAGACAGAAACUUGAACUGACUUUUAACCUUGAAAUUACAUCAUUUCAUGAACUGCUUCAUAGAUGUGCCCUAAACUUGGUGAGAAGCAUCUCUCUACAUUGUUCAGAUUUUUCUACUAGCCUGCUUUUUAGGCCACUAUAGCCAAAAAAAAGGAAACCUUCAAAUGCCUUUUUCUAGUGAGUCACUAUAUGGAUCUUCACCAAACUUUGCUAGACUCAAGGUCAGAAGAUCAAGGUCGAGAUGCGACUUAUGGCCUUUAAGGCCCUCUUGAAUUUAUAAAUGUGUUGCUUUUUUUACUCCGUAAAAUAUUGAUGCACUUAAACAGGUGUUUGUUGUAUUCAGAAUAUGCUGAAACUGUUUAGUAAUUCCAUUGUGUCUAUAUACAUGUAUUGUCAGGUCAGUUGAACUGUUAACUCAGGCACCAUAUGUCAAAGAUGAUUGUUGUUUAUAAUGAUCUUUCAAGAGAAGGAUAUUCAAUCAAAAUUUUUAACUUCAUAUCUUGUAGAUUUUUUAGCCCACCAUCAUCAGAUGGUGGGCUAUUAAAAUCACUCUGCGUCCGUGGUCCGUCCGUCCGUUAACAAUUUCUCGUUAUCGCAUCUCCUCGGAAACUACUGGGGGGAUUUUAACCAAACUUUGUCAGAAUGAUGUAUUGGUACCCUAGUUGUGUCCCCCUGAAAAUCAGACUGGUUCAACAAUUUAUGAGUGAGUUAUGGCCCUUUGUUUAUUUCUAUAAUUUAUAUAGAUUUAUAUAGGGAAAAACUUUGAAAAUCUUCUUGUCCAAACCACAAAGCCUAGGGCUUUGAUGCUUGUAAUGUAGCAUCAUCUAGUAGUUCUCUACCAAGUUUGUUCAAAUUACCCUCCUAGGGUUAAAUAUGGCCCUGCCCCGGGGGUCACAUGGUUCAUAUAGACUUAUAUAGGGAAAAAUGUUCUUGUCAGUAACUACAACAUUCAAACUUGGACCACAUGUAUAUUUUUGAGUGGCAAGAUGAACUUUGACAUGAGUUGACCUUGAUUUUGACCUAGUGACCUACUUUCACAUUUCUGUAGCUACAGCCUUCAAAUUUGGACCACAUGCAUAAUUUUGUGCACUGGAAAAAACUUCGACCUUUAUUUUGACCUAGUGACCUACUUUCACAUUUUUGAAGGUACAGGCAUCAAAUUUGGACCAUAUGCAUAGUUUCGUGUUUCAAAAUGAAAUUUGACAUUGAUUUUGACCUGGUGACCUACUUUCACAUUUCUCAAGCUACAGCCUUCAAAUUUGGACUACAUGCAUAGUUUUGUGUACCGAAAAAAACUUUGACCUUGACAUUGACCUAGUGACCUACUUUCACAUUUUUGAAGGUACAGGCUUCAAAUUUGGACUACAUGCAUAGUUUUGUAUUCUGAAAUAAAAUUUGACCUUGAUUUUGACCUAGUGACCUACUUUUACAUUUCUCAAGCUACAGCCUUCAAAUUUGGACCACUUGCAUAGUUUUGUGUACUGAAAUGACCUUUGACCUUUACAUUGACCUAGUGACCUACUUUCACAUUUUUAAGGUACAGGCUUCAAAUUUGGACCACUUGCAUAGUUUUGUAUUCCGAAAUAAAAUUUGACCUUGAUUUUGACCCAGUGACCUACUUUUACAUUUCUCAAGCUACAGCCUUCAAAUUUGGACCACAUGCAUAGUUUUGUGUACCGAAACAAACUUUGACCUUUACAUUGACCUAGUGACCUAUUUCACAUUUUUGAAGGUACAGGCUUCAAAUUUGGACCACAUGCAUAGUUUUGUAUUACGAAGUAAAAUUUGACCUUGAUUUUGACCUAGUGACCUACUUUUACAUUUCUCAAGCUACAGCCUUCAAAUUUGGACAACUUGCAUAGUUUUGUGUACCAAAAUGAACUUUGACCUUAAGAUUGACCUAGUGACCUACUUUCACAUUUCUGUAGCUACAGGCUUCAAAUUUAGGACCACAUGCAUAGUUAAGUGUACCGAAACAAACUUUGACCUUGACAUUGACCUGGUGACCUACUUUCACAUUUUUGAAGGUACAGGCUUCAAAUUUGGACCACAUGCAUAGAUUUGUGUUGUGUACGGAAAUGAAAUUUGACCUUGAGCUAGUCAAUAAGUCUUGAAAUUUGGAACACUCAAAAAUGGCACAUUGGUGGGCGCCAAGAUCACUCUGUGAUCUCUUGUUUACAGAUGUUGUUAAGCUCAUCAUUUUUUGACGAGAGGUGAUGUAUAGAGGUGAAAUAAUCAGAUGGACACGAUUCCGUCUUUUAAAAAUGUACAGAAAUAUCACGUCAAAUCAUUCAUUGAUGUUGAUAUUCGUGCCAAUAUUUUUAAUUGUGAAUGACUUCAACCAUUAACAGUUUGAGAUUUUAAUCAAAGUUGUCACAACAUCCAAUAAAGAAUCUGUUGUAUUCAGAAUGGAAACAUACUGGACAGUCACAUGGUAUGAAUGUGAAGCACUGAUUGGUAGAGGAAAAAAGAUAUAUUGUAUAUUAUAAGUUGUUGUUAUUGAAAAUGUUUUAUAUGCUCUCCUGACAUCAUUUGUGUCACUUGCCAAUAAUAUUGCUGUCGAAUUUAGAUCAUAAUUUUGCUGAUUUUGUUUUUUCUAAUCAGAUUUAAUUAUUUAUUUUUCUCACCUAUUUUAACAUUUUGUUUUUAUUUGUUUGUUAUAUAUUUGUUUGUUAUAUAUGUUUCAUUACUACAGUCUGGCUGAGCCAGAAUGUUUUAAUUUAUAUAAUAUAGUGUAUUCAGAUGUGUGUGUGUAAUUAAUAUAUUUAUUGUUUGUGACAAACACUGUCCAUACCGUAAAAGUAUAAAAAGGAUACUGUUAGGUCAUUAACAAAGGCUUUUAAAAUACACGUUUGAGUUAGUCUGAUGCAUUUUCUAUUUGAAAUUUUUUAGAUAAAGCUUUUGUUGUCACCAUCCUGUGGAUGUCUGCAUCAAAGAAAGUUCAGCAGUAGGCCAAAUGCUUUCAAACUUCACAUUAUCAGAUGACAUGUUUUAUAGCUAUUAUGCAUACCACUUCUGACUUAAAAUUUUUUGUCAAAGUUUUACAUGUAAACAGGUUUCUCAGAAAACUACCUUGUUGAAUGCUUUCAAACUCCACACAAGUCUUUGGCAUCAUGAGGUGACCUGUGGGCGUAUAUUGUCCCGAUUUACAGAACCCUUGUUAAACAGAUAUGCAUAGAACUUACAUUAAAAGGCUGAUAUGUUGAUUUAUAUUGCUGCUGUAUAAAUAAUAUUGCUGGUUUUGUUAUUUUUUUGUUAUUUGUUAAUCAAAAAUGUCCCGAAUGUCUCUGUAUAACUGAAUCAAAACAAUAUAAGCAGUUCUAGCAGAUAUACUUGAUCUGAAUUGUGAUUCAGAUUUUGAUAGAUUAAAACUGAUUAAUUUGUUAAUCCCCCGCCAUGAGUGGUGGGGGGUUACUGUAUAGGAAUGGUCUCCCUCUGUCCGGCCGUCCUUCCGUCUGUACGUCCGUCCGUAACAAUUGUGUCUGCUCCAUAUAACUUAAACCCCUUGAAGGAUUUUCAUGAAACUUCGGUCAAAUGAUCAUUUCAUCAAGACGAUGUGCAGAACUCAUGAGUCAGCCAUUUCAGCUCAAGUUCAAGGUCACAACUCCAGGUCAAAGGUUUGAGCCUUCCAUUUUUGUUGGCUCUGUAUCUCCUAAACCCCUAAAAGGAUUUUCAUGAAACUUGGGUCAAAUGAUCACCUCAUCAAGACGAUGUGCAGAACUCAUGAAUCUGCCAUGUUGGCUCAAGGUCAAGGUCAAAACUCAAGGUCAAAGGUUUGAGGACUAUAAAAUAUACUUAACAACGUCAAUGCGUCCCAAUACCAUCAACCCUUUCACUAUCCAUAACAGUGGCGGGGGAUAUAGCUGUCUUUAAGACUGCCUUAUUAGCAUGUUACAUGCUUGUUUAAAAAAACUGGAUGUUUGAUAUUAUGUCUCUGUCUGCUGGUCUAUUCACACCUUGUCACAGUGAUUGAAUUUUUAUGUUUAUAUAUAUAACGAGCAUUUUCUGAUCAGGUUUUGCCUUGGUUCAAAUGGAAGAAAUUAAAGCAGAGUUAUUACCUCUUGACUGGAUAAUUUUGUGUGUUAGUAAGUUGUCCACUCUGCAUACCUGGUGUUUUAAAAACGAUUGGUUCUAGUGAACUGAAUAUGGCUUUUGACACUUAAUAAUUAAGGAGUAUAUUAAUUGACUGUAUAUUAAUAUAAUAAUAGAAUAUAAUAAUAAUACAACAUAAUGUAAAGUCUAAAUUUGAUACAGACUGUCCAGCAUCCCUAAAAUUUGGCUAAAAUUGCUAGAAAAAAUGAAAAAUCAGAGCAAAUUCCUAAAAAUGCCAUACUUUUUUCCCCUAAAUUCCAGUCUUUCAAUAUAAAAUUGAAGUUUGGGAAGUACAUAAUGCUAAAUAUGUUUAAAUGUGGUUUUAUUAGAUCUUCAGUGCAAGCAGUUUUAUCCAGUUAUAGACAACUGACCAGUGGUUCCAUGAGUUCAGUGUGUUAUUGGCUGUGACUGGAUGACAGAAGGUCUAUAUUUUACAGUAAAAAUUUCUUAAUUUUAGCCUGAAAAUAUCUAAGAAAUUGUAACAAAUUUCUUAUUUUAGCCCUAGUGUUUGUUUAAAAUUGCCUUUAAAUUGCCCUAAGUGCGGAACGGCCUGUUGAUAGGAAAGUGUGUAUAGUGUUAAAUAAUCAGAAAAAAAUGUCUUGAAGGAUAUAAGAAGGAAAUUUAAAGCAGCUUUAGGUGUUUUGAAUAUAAAUGUAAUUGAUGCUACUUAUUAGGAAAGUAGUGUAAUAUAAGCAAAUGAAUUUGAUUAAGAAUUUAUACAAAAUCAGGAAAAUGAGUAACAUAAGUCAUUUUUAUCAACUGGUAUAUUUAUACAAAUUAGUUGAUUUCCUUUGAAGUUUUCAUAUCAACAUGUGAAAAGUAUCAAACUCUAUUCUAGUUUAAACACUUUUACUUUGUAUUCUUAAUCAAAUGCGCGACUUUUUGUUUAGCACUUUAAACAGUGAGCAGUAUAUUCAAAAUAUGCUUUGUAAUGUUUAAUAAAUAUCUGAAUCAUGAGUUUGAUAUUUAUUGAUCACACAGUGAUUUUACAAAAAAGAGGACAAGAAACUGAUCUUUUGAUUUAUGUGAGGUAUUUAUUAUCACUCAUAAUUGCAUUUUAUUGCCUAAAAUGUUUUUAUCAAAAACAAUCUAAUUUUGUAAUUUCCUCCCUACAGCAAAGGUGCAUUUAUCUGUUCAUCACAUGAAUGCUUAGUGUUCCGGUAUGAUAAAAAUAUUAGUCCUGUUAUAGGUGAUUAAUUUAUCACAUUUAAUGAACUCAAAAGAGAUGUCUUUGACUGGAGCUGUUCCAACAUGCAUGGUGAACGUUUAAAUAUUUGGCAACAAUAUGUCAUAUUUCUCCACAUUUUAGUUUAUACUAAUUUGUUUUAGCUCGAUUGUGAUGAAAGCUUCAAGCUUAUUGUAGCCACUCUCGAGUCUGCUUCCUGGAAAAACCAGUACUGGUGUCAUAUGAGAAGUAUUGGUCAUGACCCCAGUGGGGCUCGAACCCACGACCCCCAGGAUUGAGCGGCGGGCAAUUAUCCGCUAGACCACCGCUCUCUUUGUUACAGUAUUUUAUAGAAAUCCAGAUUUAUUUGAUUUCCAGUGUUUUUGAAACUUAUUUUUCAGGGAACACCAUCAUGACUUCUAUGUUGUAAAAAAAUGAAAUGACUGUUGUUUUUUCAAUGAAAGUUACGUCAGUAAUUUAGUAUUUGUUGUGAAAGACUACAUCUCCAGUUGAACAUAAAAGAUCUGCGAGAUAUAUACCUAUAUAUGAGCCGUGCCAUGAGAAAACCAACAUAGUGGGUUUGCGACCAGCAUGGAUCCAGACCAGCCUGCGCAUCUGCGCAGUCUGGUCAGGCUCCAUGCUGUUCGCUUUUAAAGCCUAUUGGAAUUGGAGAAACUACUAGCAAACAGCAUGGAUCCUGACCAGACUGCGCGGAUGCGCAGGCUGGUCUGGAUCCAUGCUGGUUGCAAAGCCACUAUGUUGGUUUUCUCAUGGCACAGCUCAUAUUAUUUGUUUCUGUUGAAUGCAAUAUGAUUUUUUUUAUUUCUUAUUUAUUUAAACUUGAAGUUAUUUUAUAAAAAUGAUCUUUCUUUUUAUAAUAAUUACAAAAUGUUAAUUUUCUACAUUUUUACUUGUUGAAACUUUUGAACUACUGUUGUAUAUCGUUGUAUAUUGAAAAUAGAUAUGUGUGAUCUGUUAUUGUGAAAUAAAACACAGAACAAUUAAA